AUGGCCUCCGCCCUCCGAUCAUCUGUGCUGCGCCAGGCGCUGGCCGCUCCCUCCAAGCGCGCCUUCUCCUCCGCCGUCCCCGCCUUCAGAUCGCAGCAAUCGCACGUGAAACCAUCAUGGCACAUCCACCGAGCUGCCUUCCAGACCUCUGCGCGACGACCCAUCCUCCCUCCUCUCCCUCAGGUUAUCCAUGGCUCCGUCAAUGACCCCGUCAAGACGCCUGAACCACACCCGUCGCAUGGCAGCUACCAUUGGACCGCCGAGAGACUGGUUUCUGCCGCACUCCUCCCAAUCACGAUAAUGCCAUUUGCUGUGGGCUCCCUGAACCCGGUGUUGGACGGUACUUUCAUUGGCCUAAUCAUCAUCCACACCUAUAUUGGAUUCCAGUCUUGCAUCACUGACUACAUCCCCACCUGGCGCAUGCCCACUGUCCGCAAGCUGUUCGACUGGGCCAAUGUUUUGGCUGUCUUCGUGGUUGGCUGGGGUUACUACGAAUUUGAGACCAACGAUGUUGGCUUGACUGAGGCCGUCAAGAGAGUGUGGAGAGCUGGAUCAAACGCAAAGGAGGUUGCUGAGAAGGCAUCGUAA